UAGAUCAAAGAUCGUCUUUUCUUACGUCGACGAGUCUUGAAGUCGUGACGCAGCAGCCGAGCGUUCCUUCGAUUUCUUCUGACGGCGGUGACGUUAACCGGCUCGUGAAACGUGCUCGGAGUGAGACCUCCUGCCUCAUUCUUUACCUCUUUCCCGGAAUCGACGACAAGCUACACCAAAACAACGUCGACGAGCUGAGGAAGAGGAGCAUCAGCGGGGUUUAGCACAUCUUUGUGAGCGGAGAGCUUUCUGUCAGCGUGUCCAGUCACAUAAAGAGGUGAUGGCGGAGCUGAACACAGAGGCAAAGCUGAAGACGCAGCUGAAGCAGGAGAAGAUCCAGCUGUGGAACCCUCCAUACACCGACGACAACAACCAGCCAGGAGCGCAGCACAUGCAGGAGCUGGCGGAGAGAUACGCCCCUCUGGUGUGUCUGCCGGUGCAGGAGGUAGGGGGCGCUCUGGAGGCGAUCCGGGUGCAGGCGGUGAGGAGAGGGAAAGGAAACAAGACGUUCAAGGAGACGAGCAUGGCCACGCUGGAGCUGCUGCUGCCCAGAGACAGCAAGAAGGAUCCAAAGACAAAGAAUCACCUGGAGACGAGACUGGACGUGUUGGUCCAGGAGGUGGUGGACAG